CUCAGUCCUCCAUCUCCGCAGCGUUUCACCAGCUUAUCUUCUCGAUUGUUUAAUUACAACUACAGCUCGCUUCUCUAUCUCCACAACGACCCUUGACACUAUCCCCACAGUGACUUAAAGAUGUCUUCAAAUCACCCAUUGCCAGCGCCUCCGGGCCAGCAGCAACAGCAAUACCAGCAAUACCAGCAGCAAGAGAGGCCUGGGCAGCAGAGACCGCGCGCGAAGUCUGGCUUUAGUUUUCGGUCAAACCAUUCACGCAAGAGCAGUAGCAGCAGUGGCCAUAAGAUCGAUCUCCACGAGACUCACGAAGAGAAACAAUCACGACGUCUCACUACGAAAGCCGACCCUUCAAUGGCCAUCACAGAAGCAGAGCCAUCUGCGGUCGCAAGUGGAGUACGAUCCUCGUUGGCGCCCAUUCGAGCAAUUCAACAUCGAGAUAAUCAGGGAAAUCCAAUCGCCGACCCCGAUCGAUCCAACCCUACACGAAGCAGAUGGGAGAGGCCUCUUGACACAAUCAGAUCGUUCGAAGCGGCCAUAGAUGGAAAUUAUUCACGUAAAUCAUACAUGCGCCCUGAUGGUCCUUCAAGCUACAACCGUCGAAGUAGUUAUUUUGGUGGAACUCAAGUCUCAACCGCAGACGAGAGGCCAAGAUAUCCCCAGAACAGCUAUUAUGGACGUUCGCAGUCAUAUCGCCCCGACAGCUAUGUGGACGGGAGAGGCAAUGGCAUGACUCGACCGGAAAGUUAUUACACCGAUGCUGGAAAUGCUGGUCCAAGCAAUGGCUACUAUCCCAACCGAGCUCGAUACCCUCGAACAGCUCCCGAACCGCAUUUAAACAAUGGGCAAGGGGUCUACCCAGUGCCUGGGAACCAGCAAUCUUAUGAGACUGUCACAACCGCAUCAGGAAGUGGAAGUUCAGAUCCUGCAGGAUACUUGACAGAUCCUAGCAGCGAAAACAGCUCGGUGGACCGCGUUACCCCCUUACCUCCCGUAAAGGAACCUGGGGAGAGCUAUGGAUUUACUGGUUUUGGCGCCAACCCGCAACUUCAGCCCCCUGGAGCCCACUUGCAAGAGCAGUACAUUGCCAACGGGCCAAAUGGAGCACAGCGUCAAGGAAAUGGUUACCCAAACCAAGGUCCUCCUCCAGUUCCGAGAAAAGAGGCACCUAUUGCACGAGUACCGAUCAAGUUGAAUGCCUCGAGUGGCAAUAUCGGUCCCGGUGGACUGAAGCAAGGCCAGCGUCCUGGAGCAGGAGAGAAGCGCAAAUCGUGGUUUGGGAAGAGGUUUAGCAGAGCAGGUUAGGUGCUUAGCGAUGUAAUAGCAGAGAAAGGAGAUGAUGCUGGGGACUCCCCUGUAGAGAUUUUAACGACGUUUAUGAGGUGGUUAUCGAAUCCCAAGUUAGGUUAUAAUGGGUCAAUGGAUGGGUGGAU